AUGCUGGCUUCUAGGGCAUCCAGCAGCUCCUCAUCCACUAAAACCCCGGUCAACCGCUCCCCAGCCUCCAGUUCCGUCUGCACCUAUCAUUGGCCCACCGUCGACGAAUUUCCCCUUGACGUCUGGUCCCUUCAUCACUUCUUUUCAGGUUCUUCCUCUUCUCCUUUGCCCGCCAACGACUCGAGCAAGCCUCUCGCCUGCUGCUGCUCGCCAACCCGCUUCGACGAGACCAACGACGACGAUUUCCCAGACAUCACCGCCUUCGAUUUACCAGCUUCUCCUGCCGCUGCCGAUUUGAGCCUAGCGACAUACCGCACUCGUCGCAUUCCUUCAUCCUCUCUCUUGGUCUUCCGCCAACACCGGCUCCGUGCACUUUCAGUUAGCGCCCACCCUCCAAGACAAGCCCAGCAACUCGACGACGACGAUAACGACGCCUUUGGUCUUGAUUGUGACCUCACCCUGGACUUCGCCCUCACUCACGUCAGCCGCGGUCGUCUUCGCGGCCGUGCCGACAACCUGUUUCCAACGGAUUCUCUACUGUCCCGACCUUCUCCCUCCAACCCGACCGCCGUAGAUGCCCUUGGAAACCCUCUAAUCCGGAGCCUCGAACCCCCAAAGUCCGCUUACCCCGGAACCGGCUCCUCUACUGAUCCAGCCGCGGUUGCUGCCGCCGCAUUGAAUCCCCAGCACCAGUCAAGCCGAGCAUACGACAAUCAUCAAAUAUCCGCCUUCCGCCCUUCGCCUUUCCGACCUCAAAAAGCUGCUGGAGCCGCGCAUCGUCCUCGUCGGUUAUCAGCUGCUCGCCUCUGGAACCCUACAAAUUCGACGCCUCGACCUCAUACCAAGCCCGACUCAUCGCGUAAGCGCCGUCCUUCAACCCCCCCGCCGCCAUCUAUUCCUCUCUUGCACCCUACUUUGGGCAAGUCGCGCGCACCUCCCGAUCCCGUAGGUGCUGGGCCCAGCGAUUACCCGCUUCUCACGCUUUCCGAGCAGCAUCAAAUCAGGCAUUCGUUAUCGCCUCGCGUUAGUCUUCAAGUUGAAAGGGCAGGAAGCAGUGACCGACGCAUAAGUCUGCCGAAUUCAGUGCGUGCCUCUUACGACGACAAAGGGUCUCGAAGGGGUGCAGUGUCCGCCGAAGCCCGUCUCAGUAGAGAUUUCUUGCGUGAUAGCGUGGUGGAGGAUCCUGUCAUCAAACUCGACAAGGGCAAAGGGAAAGCUGUCAUGAUGCCCGAGACCGAAGAUCCCAUGUCACCCUAUGGGCAGGACCUGGAGCGUGGUCCAGAUAUCAUGGACCCACGAAUGUCCAAUGUCUCGGCUGGUGAUGGAAUAGGAUCCGCUCUGUCGACAACGAAUUCUUCUAUUAUGGGCGAAGAGGUCGAACCGGACGCAGCUGGUGAAUGGGGCCCCCAACACCCUUGCUAUCCUCACCGCAAUCCUCAUGUCCCUGUCGACUCUCCCGAGUAUAUCAGUACGCGCAUUAUUCGAAUACGUCGUGACUGGUUGGUCAGGGGUGAUUUGGCUCCUACAUUUUCCAACCUGUAUCCUGAGAUUCUAGAUCCCGCUGGACUGUCUGAACAGGAAUUUCGUCGGAUUAUUGAGAAGCUCAACGGCGAACUUGUUCCUGCAUUCGAUCCGUACAGCAUGAGGAACAUCGCCGAUAGCAUACUUGGACUGGUUACUGGUUGGGUCUGGGACGAUUUUGGCCUGACCGGUAUCAAGUCUCGACUGAACAAUCUUGAGAAGUGGGUUGAGCAAUGGAAUGUCGAAAUGGAAAAGACGAUGGGUUCUGAAGAUGGCACUAUGGCCCCCAAGAUUCUCCCCUUGCGACAAACAGGUUAUAUGACGCUCGAUAUUCAGAUCCCUGACCCUGAGAUUGCGCCAGCUCCCAGCACCGCAAACCCCAACGACUCAAGAACAGCCUUGCAUAUGGAACCUGCCUCCGCUGCUGUUGCUUAA